UUACGAGUACAUUGAGAGAAGUGGCAAGUCUGAUGGUGGGAAGGGCAAUUGGAAGCUUCGGAAAGGCCCUUGGGGAUAGGAGAUGGAAGGCUUUUGGUGCGGGAUUGGAGGGAAUCUCCAAGGAGAAGGUGGAUGUGGUUGUCAUUGGCGCUGGAGUUGUAGGGCUGGCUGUGGCGAGGGAAAUGGCUCUCAAGGGCCGUGAUGUUUUAGUUGUGGAAUCGGCUUCCACCUUUGGGACUGGGACUAGUUCUCGCAACAGUGAGGUGAUUCAUGCUGGAAUUUACUACCCUCCCAAUUCAUUAAAGGCAAGGUUUUGUGUAAAAGGUAGAGAAUUGCUUUACCGAUACUGUGCUGAUCGACAAAUUCCGCAUCAACAAAUUGGUAAACUUAUAGUUGCUACAAGGGUUUCAGAAGUUCCAAAAUUGAGUAUUCUGCUAAGAUGCGGGACAGAUAAUGGAGUCAAGGGACUGAGAAUGAUGGAGGGAUCUGAAGCUAUGCGAAUGGAACCUAAACUUCAUUGUGUGAAAGCCUUGUUGUCUCCUUGUUCUGGGAUAGUUGAUUCUCACUCAUUCAUGCUUUCUUUGGCGGGGGAGGCUGAGAAUGCUCGAGCUAUUUUUUCUUAUAAUAGUACUGUUUUAGGGGGUCAUGUUGAAGAUAAUCAUUUGCAUCUCCACAUUUCAGAAAGUAAGGACCUUGAAAAUCAUGAUGAUGCAUCUCCUUUGUUGCCUCAGCUUGUUCUGAUCCCCAAGCUCGUGAUUAAUUCAGCUGGAUUAAGUGCUCUUCCUCUUGCAAAAAGAUUUUGUGGUCUGGACCAUAAUGUUAUUCCUGCUGCUUAUUAUGCACGCGGGUGCUACUUCACUCUAUCUAAAACCAAAAAUCCUCCUUUCAGUCAUCUGAUUUAUCCAAUCCCUGAAGAUGGUGGUCUUGGUGUGCAUGUUACCUUGGACUUGAAUGGUCUGAUCAAGUUUGGGCCUGAUGUCGAAUGGAUUGAUGGUGUAGAUGAUAUAAGUUUCUUUAAUAGGUUUGAUUACUCUGUCAACCCUGAUCGUGUGAAUAGGUUCUAUCCAGAGAUAAGAAAGUACUUCCCUGAUCUGAAGGAUGGGUCUCUAGACCCAGGAUAUUCAGGGAUUCGACCAAAACUUUCUGGACCCAAACAACCACAGAUGGACUUUGUUAUACAGGAUGAAAGAAAUCAUGGCAUUCCUGGACUUGUUAAUUUGUUUGGCAUAGAAUCUCCAGGCCUAACUUCAAGCUUGGCAAUUGGGGAGUACAUUACAGCCAAGUUCCCUGGAUGACAUUUUCUUUUUGAAGAACAAUAUUCCUGCUUGACAAGGAAAUAUGUUGCUCUUUUGGUUUCAGAAUACACGGGUCUGGUUCUACAUGAAAUGAAGUUGAAUCUCUUUGUAUGAACCAUAUGUUUGAGUGUUAGAAUGAUAAAUAAGCAUCAUGUGAUCAAAUAAAUCAGCUUGUCCUGUUUUGAUGA